AGACAUUUACAGCCAAAAGCAGAGGAGUCUGACUGGAUAGAGAGAGAUCUACAGGGGAGAAGACAGGAGGUUUAAACCUGUCAUCAUUACCAUCACUACCAUCACCUCAACCAACCGACCGACCAUUCUAUCAAUUUGUUUAAUCCUGAGACGAUUCUAGUGACAACGGGCCAACGCGGAGCAAAACUAGGAAGACGGACAACGACCCUCACUAACUUCUGCAAUCAUGAUGUCAAUGAACAGCAAACAACCUUUCAGUAUGCACCCCAUACUGCACGAGCCCAAAUACACGCCUCUGCAAUCAACCUCAGAGGCCAUCCGGAGGGCAUGCAUGCCCACUCACUCGCUGCAGAGCAACAUCUUCGCCGGCUUCGAUGAGACUUUACUGCAGAGGGCGGAAGCGCUGGCAGCGGUGGAUAUCGCAAAAAGCCACCCUUAUAAACCAGACGCGACCUACCACACCAUGACCACGAUGACCAGCAUGGCCUGCACCCCCACCUCAUCCUCGGCCCACCUCCACCACCCGUCCGUGCUCACCUCGCACCACCACCACCAUCACCCCCAUCACCAGGGCUCUCAGGGUCUGGAUGGCGACCUGCUGGACCACCUGACCCCCGGCAUGUCUGUCUCCCUGGGAGGGAUGCCCGGCUCCGACGUCUGCUCCACUGCCUCCCAUCCACACGCUCACAUGUCCGCCAUAAAUCACAUGCAGCAGCACCACCACCACCAACAGGCAAUGAACAUGCACCCCCACAGCAUGGGCUCGCACACCUCGCUGGGCGGCGGCGUGGACUCAGAGCCAGACCCCCGGGAGCUGGAGUCGUUUGCAGAGCGGUUCAAGCAGAGGCGGAUCAAGCUGGGGGUGACGCAGGCGGACGUGGGCUCGGCCCUGGCGAACCUUAAAAUCCCCGGGGUCGGUUGCCUCAGUCAGAGCACGAUUUGCAGGUUCGAAUCCCUCACCUUGUCUCAUAACAACAUGGUGGCCCUGAAACCCAUCCUGGAAGCGUGGCUGGAGGAGGCGGAGAGGGCGCAGCGGGAGAAAAUGACCAAGCCAGAGAUUUUCAACGGAGGAGACAAGAAGAGAAAACGUACCUCCAUCGCUGCUCCGGAGAAGCGCUCCUUGGAGGCAUAUUUCGCCGUGCAGCCGAGGCCCUCGUCUGAGAAGAUUGCAGCAAUAGCCGAGAAACUGGACCUGAAAAAGAACGUGGUCAGGGUGUGGUUUUGCAAUCAGAGGCAAAAGCAGAAAAGGAUGAAGUUUUCUGCGACACACUAGGAAAAUACAGAGCAAAACUUUCCUCGAAUAGACAAAUCCGAAGCAAAUAGGCAAACGGCUACGAUCCAUCGAGGCUAGCAGACAAGAUGGGUUUCGUUCCUUUGAAUUGGGAUAAAGACUUGACAACCAACAUCCAGCGGGGCAAAACGUAUACCUGUUGAAAUUGAAAACUGAACGUCGAUGAAUACAAUACAGUGAAAUAGGAGAUCGACAUCAUUAUACUCCAUGGAGGCGGAAAAGAGAAAAUACCACCUCUUAAGUCAUGGCAAUUAUUGUACAAAAAUGGAAAUCGAAUAAUAAUUGUUAUUAUUCUCUUGAGUCAGAAUAACUAUUUUAUAUUUAUCAUUGUACAUAUUUGUGAAUAGGCUACAUUUCACCUGUGUGUGAAGAGCGCAUCGAUUUCGUUCUUUUUUCAAAAACCGAAUUGUUGUUUGCAGAAGAUAACUGAUGUUUAGGGCGUAAUGUUGUCAUCAACAUGUAUGUGUCUCAGAGAUGGUUGGCUCUCCGUAACACGGGGGUAUAGUUGCAAUCAUUCAUUGCAUGGUUUACUUGUAGGGCGUUAGCUGUGAGUUAAUAGUUCUAAAAGCCCAUCUGAAUGCAUUGCAAUAAGAGAGCAUACACACGGGCAAUCGCACGUACACGCGGACAUACCCAGUAUAGUCUACUAUCUGUCUACCUCAUUACGCUAGUUUUGGCACAUUCAUGGUCAUUUUGGACUGUAGGAGUAUAAAACACAAAAAACUCAUCGUUUCUUCGUUUUUUUGUUUUAUCCACGAAGUUAUGGUUGAAUUAGAUGACUCACAGAAAGAAAACAUGGUGUAUGUCUGUACUAAUUUCACUGCAAUGAUGCUUUGACAAUCAAAUUAUUUGAAUAAUUACUUUGUAAAACGUCCAUUUUAUGUCCUCACAUGAAAACGAAAAUAUUUUUGUUCUUUUAAAAAUUAUUAUUAUUAAUAAUAAUAAUAAUAAUGUUGGCAAAUUAAUGGAAAUAUUGGUUAUAUUGUAUUCCCAGAGUUCAGUGCACUUUGUAGAUAUUCUAAACAUGAGGAAUUGUUGAAUUAUAUUUUUUACCGUUUUACUUAGUUUGGUUUAUUAUUAUUUACCUAUUUAUUUAUUUUAACUUAACUUAUUUUAUUUAAAAUACAACGUAUAUUUCAUUUGUGAAGGUGUGCUUAAAUGUGUCUGUGUAAGCGACAGAAACUAAAAUAAACCAUGCA